UGUAUCGAAAAGGUAAACAACGAGGUAUCGGCGUCGAAACUAAGCGUCCAAGCGAUUAGUAGCGUAUCUGAUAAAAUAUCGGUGGAUGAGCGUCUUGCUUGGCGUCGGAAAUCUUUAGUGCCCAUGUCAAGUAUGGAAGAGGAAAACUUAAGGGAGCGAUUAAGGAUGGCGCAUUUAAAGAAAUGUCAGGAGAUAGUGUCUAAGGAGGAGAAGUAUUCUAGGGAGUCAUUCAGAAAAUUAUUUCAAAAUAAGGAGCUUUUGGAACAGUUAUUUAAAUUAUUCGAUCAGGACAGAGAUCAGUGUUUGGCGCAAGAAGAGUGGAUAGAAUUCUUAAAGCAGAGAUUAAUAAAUGAAACCCAAAUCGACUUUGCGGAACAACUAGAAAGCGUAGCGUAUUGUCUAUGUGGAGAGAAACCUAUCUACUUAGAGCACUUUUAUUUAAUUUUUUUAACAAAAGGGAUUGUGGAUAAAUUAUUUCGGUUAAUUGAUGAAGAAAACUCUGGGGUGAUACCUUCCGAAGCCAUAAUGGAGUUUUUAAGCACCGUAACUAAUUCCAGGCCUCGCACAGGCUUUGAUAAAAGUAGUAUAGACCGAUUGGAACAAUUAUUUAGACAGACCGUCGGACAAGGAAAAGAAAUUAAGAAGGAAGAUUUUAAAAACAUUGUCGUUUCAAAAAACCCUUUUUUCACAGAUAGAGUAUUUCAAAUCUUUGAUAAAGAUAAUUCGGGAUCAAUAUCAUUGCAAGAAUUUUUGGAUGCUAUGCAUCAAUUUGCUGGACAAACACCAGAUGAUAAAAUAAGAUUUCUGUUUAAAGUGUACGAUCUGGACGGUGAUGGGUUGAUACAACAUAGAGAGCUUCAGCACGUUAUGAGAGCUUGUAUGGAGGAGAACGGGAUGCAAUUCAGCGAAGAACAAAUCAGCGAUUUGACUAUGGCUAUGUUUGAAGACGCUGAUUCGAACAACAGAGGAGCUAUAACGUACGAAGCUCUAAAAAAUCAAUUAGAAAAGCACGGUGGACUUUUAGAAAAUUUGUCAAUCAGCAUUGAUCGUUGGUUAGUACCACCGCAAACCAAAAAUAAAAAGUCUUCGUUAUUGAAAAAGAUUAUGACUUGGAGACCAUAUUAUUUCACGAUUCCUUAUGUCAAAAACAACUACGUAUAUUUAACUUUCUUAUUAGGAUUCCUUCUAGUUAAUGCUGCUUUAUUUAUAUCCCGAUCAAUUGAAUAUUCAAGAUCAAAUUGGUAUACGAUAUUUGCCAGAGCAUGUGGUCAGUGUCUGAACUUCAACUGUACAUUUAUCUUAGUAUUGAUGUUGAGACAAACUAUAACAUUUUUGCGAACAAGAGGAUAUAGUUCAGUAUUGCCUUUAGAUCAACAUAUUUAUUUUCAUAAGUUAACUGGAAUGUUUAUUUUUGGAUAUAGCGUUAUACAUACUAUUAUGCAUGUUUGCAACUUCAGUUUGGUUGUAGUGAAUGAUGCUGUAAUAAAUGCUAAGAAUUUCACUACUUCUGAAUGGUUAUUAACCAGUAAGCCGGGUCUUUUCGGAUUAAUUAACGGCGUCGCUAACCCCACGGGAAUGGCGCUUAUGGUAAUACUUAUCGCCAUAGUUAUUAGUUCACAGGCGUUUGUAAGGAGAGGAGGAUGUUUCGAGGUAUUUUAUUACACGCAUCUCAUGUACGUACCAUUUUGGAUACUACUAAUUUUGCACGGUCCUAACUUCUGGAAAUGGUUCAUCAUACCAGGGAUAGCUUAUGGAUUAGAGAGAGCUUAUAGAUCUACUUUUAUAGUCACCGAGAGAGGCAAAACAUACAUUAGUUCGGGUUUACUUUUACCGUCAAAAGUCACCCAUUUAGUAAUCAAAAGACCAGUUAGUUUCGAUUUCCAUCCAGGCGAUUAUGUUUUUGUGAAAAUUCCUGCUAUUGCCAAAUAUGAAUGGCAUCCUUUUACAAUUAGUAGUGCGCCAGAACAAGAAGAUUACAUGUGGCUCCAUAUUAGAGGUGUAGGUCAAUGGACAAAUCGUUUAUAUGAAUAUUUUGAAAGAGAACAAGAAAAACUUCAUAAUGGUGAAAUUCCGGCUGCAAAUUCAUCUAAUACAGUGAAAAGAUUGUCUAAUGGUAGUAUUCAGAGUUGCAAGCAAAAUCCUUUAAAGAAAUUACACAAUACACUUACUAGAACGUUGUCCAAUGAGAAUCAAAAAACGGGAAUACAAUUAGUUGGUUUUACUAAUGGAACUUUUCAGAGUGACGAAGCUUGCAAGGAUUCCAAAACAGAAAUUGAGUUGAGUAAUAGAGCUACUUGCAGUACUUCAGAUCUGCCGCUUGCUAGAUCGAGGAAGUUAUCCUCCGAAAAAAGAUUACAUAGACUAUUGUUCACCAACAAAGCUCCUUUAGAAAAAUCUUUAUCAAUGCCUGAUAUGCAAACAAAAGCGAAAAAACGAGAAAGGAUGAUGGUGUUGAGGGAAUAUAUGAGAUCUGAAUCAGAAAAAAGUUUCAACGAAUGCCAAAUACGGAGAGCUAGAUUGAAAUCAUUAGGACUGGCGUAUUUAAGCCCCCAAAAUAAGAGUUUGGCUCAAAGUUUUCGAUACAUGCGAAAUAAACCAACAAUAAUAGCAUUCAAGACUCCAAGUUUAGAGGAUUGCGGAAAGAAAAAUUCUACAUCAUCCUUAAGUCAAAUGGUUCGGCAAAUUAGUCAGAAAAGUUUUACGUUCUCCCCAGAGAGGCAAGUAGAAGAGGGUCGAGUUGAGCUAACCUUCACAGAUUCUCAAUUUUCGCCCAAUCUAGGAUCAGUGAAACCUAUGAAUUAUCCUGUUGGAAAACCACUAGAGAAAGCAAGACCUAAUCUGUCUAAUGAAGUAGCAGAAGAUAUCCGUAUUGAAGUGUUGGAUAAAGAAGGAACACAGAUUUAUCUAGAUGGACCAUACGGAGCUCCAUCCAGUCAUAUUUUCCGAGCUCAACAUGCAGUUCUAAUAGCAACUGGUAUCGGCGUUACUCCUUUUGCUUCUAUACUCCAAUCUAUAAUGCAUAGAUAUUGGAAAGCCAGACAUACUUGUCCUAAAUGCAAGUUCUCGUGGGCUAGCGACAUACCAGCUACAGUAAUGAACCUCAGAAAGGUUGAUUUCUUCUGGAUAAACAGAGAUCAGAGGUCGUUUGAAUGGUUUGUAAAUCUACUAUCCCAACUAGAAAUUGAGCAAGCAGAGCUUGGGGGUGCUAUGGAACGAUUUUUGGAAAUGCAUAUGUACAUAACUAGUGCUUUACAAAAAACUGAUAUGAAGGCAGUUGGAUUGCAGCUCGCUUUGGACUUAUUACAUGAAAAGGAAAAACGAGAUUUAAUAACAGGACUUAAGACUCGAACUAAUGCUGGUCGACCUAAUUGGGAUAAAGUUUUUAAGCAAAUCUUGGAUCAGAAAAAAGGAAAAGUUACCUUAUUUUAUUGUGGACCACCCCAAUUGGCAAGGAUUUUACGUGUAAAGUGUGAUCAAUUUGGUUUUAAUUUUAGAAAAGAAGUGUUUUAAUAAUUGUGUAGAUAAAGUUAUGUUUGUAAAGUAUUUAUUCUAAUUUUAAGAACUGCUACAUUAUCUUGCCAGAAACCAUUAAUAUGUAGUAGGUAAAGAAGUUUUCAACAAGAAUUGAUUAAAAAAAUCAUUCAAAUUUUUUCAAAAUCAGUAGUUUCAUAAUUAUUUUCAUUAAUAUUGUGAUUCAACUGAAGCUUUUGGGCAAUUAUUUUAUUUAUAAUUCUUUAAUUCCUUCUAAUUCCUGCAUUCAAUUCAAUUUGUAGCCUUCCAUUAUCAUGAAUUCAUCCUAUAGCAAUCCCCUUAUCAUCAAUUCAAUUGUUCAACUUU